CAGUCAUCAUACAAACUCGAAAUAACCCGCUGUGGGUUUAUAAUACGCUCCCCACUGACCAACAGCUCGUUUUCUGACGGUGCACCACCAGUCAUGAAGUGCGUUCUUUACGUUGUGUUGCAGGCGUGUGCUCUCGCUCUUCUCUGCAACACUUUGCCGGACCAAGAAGGCGAUGGCUGUACGAGUGGGUUUAUGAGUGUGGACAGAAUGGAUGACUUGCUGCGCAAUGAUGGCUAUGUGAUAUCUGGUGAGAACUAUCAGGGAAUAUUUCCAGAAGUCGGCUUCACGUGCAGUGGUAGUAUUGAGGGCUGGGUGUUUGUAGCUGAGUGGGUAGGAUGGAAUGACAGAGAGUUUACAGAGCUACAGAUAUGGAGACCUACUGGAAAUGGAGUCUACACUAAAGUUGGAAACACUACAAUCAUAACUGACAGGAUCUACUCGGGGUUCUACGAGUAUCCUCUCUCCUCUCCCCUGGACUUCCAAGCUGGUGAUGUGUUUGGGUACUACCAACCCCAUUCUACCCGGAGUCAGUUGAGAUUGCGAUUUGAAAAUGGUGGACGAAGGAAAAAUCAACCUGGUUACUACUACAUUGGUUCGAGCUCAGCCAGUGACCUCUACCUACCUUGGGGGGCAAUGUCUACCAGACAUCAAACACUUGUUAAUGUCAUCACAAAUGCUACAGAUUGUGUGAGAGGGUUUGUGAGUGUGGAGAGAAUAAGACUACUUCUGGGUUUGGAUCGCACCAAUGGUAUGGAAUACAAGAGUCAACGUCAGCAGAUCUCACCAGAGAUAAAGAUCACAUGUAAUGGGCUAAUUACCAAAUGGAUCAUUGGAGCAGAUUGGAGUUCUAGUGUUAGUGCAUACCUCUAUCCUGAGAUUCAAGUCUGGAGAAAUGUUGGAAAUGAGACAUAUCGGAAAAUAAGUGGAACUUAUGUCUUUUUUCCUUUUAGGGCUAGUGUGAGAGCUAAUGGAAUUUAUGAGUACACAAAAUUUGCACCAAUACCAGUUGAAUCUGGGGAUAUUCUGGGAAUAUUUACACCCAAUCCUUCCAGACUUAAUCUCUGGUUUGAGAAUGACAACAGUGACAAUCCCAAAGUCUACUACCGUUAUACUGACAGUUCUGCCACAUCAUCUCCUUAUGAAGAGCUAGACAGACAGAAUAAUGACCCUUUACUGGGAACAGCAUCCUAUUACCCCCUUGUGUCUGUGGAGAUAGAGAGAUAUCCGACCUCAUCAGUCAUGGUACGUGUGUGCGCAGUGUCCACAUAUUAUGUUGAUGUUCACAUGAGACUCAUAACUUUGAUGAUUCUUCCCAGCUCCUCGCUGAUCUCCACAGCUACCAGCCCUCUCCCCACCUCUAGAGCUCCUAUACCUUCCACCGACCAGCCCUCCUCCUCCUCCUCCUCCUCUGGCCAGUCUUCAGCUGCCAUUGCUGCUGGUGUGGGUAGUGGAGUGGCUGUGGCUCUGGUUCUACUGAUAGUGGUCCUCAUCCUUGUCAUUCUGGUGGUGUUUCUCAUGAGAAGGAGACAGGACUCCAAACCACUGGAAAAUGUGGAACAUAAGGGUGAGAUUUCAGGUUCAGGACGUGCUAGUGCAGCAACAGAUCACGCACUAGGCGAGCUCUACGAGACUCCUCAGACGCAGGACGAGGGAGAGGCUGUGUACGAUGCACCUUCACCUGAGUAUGGCGGGGCCACUAAUGCCAGUACUACUUUUGCCAAGUUCGAUAACCCGCUCUACGAGGAUAACUGAACGUUUUGAUAUCGUUUUUUUCUUUCCUCUUUUGCACUAAUUUUACGGUGUUUUUUUGGUGAAAACUGUCACUUUUUGU